GGGGGUGCCCGGCGGCGGGGUGAGGGAGGGCCGCGGGCCGCCGUGUGCGUGUGGGGAGGCGCCGGGGCUGCCUCAGCGCGGUCUCCCUGCAGGGGAGGAGGCCGUGGCCUGCUGCCUCUCCCGCCGCUCCUGUUCAGGAGCCUGUCGGGGAACACCUGGAAAAGAGCAGCUGCCGGUCUGCCUACCAUUUGUAUUGAACUAGUGCACGUCUGGAUUUAAAAAGCUCGUGCUUUCCUUUGACAGCUUCUGUAGAUAGCUUUAGCUCGAGCCUAAGAGUUCAGCUGCAGAAGGGAGGUAACAAGCUAAAGUUAGAUGCUUCCACUGCAUUGUCAUCUCAGUCCUUUAUGUGCCUUAUAUUGGCCUGACUUUCAUGACACGUGGAUCAAUUCCAUCUUCAUGUGUAAGCUUUGUAACUUAUUUUCACCAAAUCAAUCUGAACUAUUGUCUCAUGUCUCUGAGAAGCAUACAGAAGAAGGGACCAACGUGGAUGACAUCAUUAUUCCGCUCCAACCUCUAACAGUACCCACAAACAUAAACAAAGAUGGAGAAGAGCUUCUUGUAGUGAAGAGGAAAAGGGGCAGACCAAAAGGGUCUACUAAGAAGUUUUGUGUGGAUGAAGAUGUGGCAGAAAAUAACCCUGUUCCAAGUGAAGAAACUCUGCCUGGGACAGAAGAAGGACUGGAACUGUCUGAAGUCUCACCAGGCAGCUUGGAAUGUAGGAAAUGCAAUCGGAAGUUCUCCAACACCCGUCAGCUGAGGAAACAUAUCUGCAUUAUUGUUUUAAAUGAAGGAGAGGAAGAAGGAGAUGGAGGUAAUGAUUCUGACGUUGACCUUGACAGGAAGGAAGAUGAGCGAGAAAAAACUCCAAAGAGGCCCAGAGUUCAGAAAACAGAGAAAACUCCAUCAACUAAGGAGGCUGAACAGGUUUCAGGAGCUAAAAAUCCUAUUAUAAGUGUGGUUUUGACAGCCCAUGAAGCUAUUCCAGGAGCCACAAAAAUUGUUCCCGUUGAGGCUGCUCCCCAAGAAAGUGAACCAACAACUCCAGAGGCAACAGUUCAAGACCCAUCACAACGAAGAGGAUAUCAAGAAUAUGCCAUUCAGCAAACCCCAUACGAACAGGCAAUGAAAUCUAGCAGGUUGGGUCCAACUCAACUGAAGAUUUUUACAUGUGAAUACUGUAACAAGGUGUUCAAAUUUAAACACUCCCUCCAAGCACAUUUGAGGAUUCAUACAAAUGAAAAACCUUACAAGUGUUCAUACUGCAGUUAUGCCAGUGCAAUCAAAGCCAACCUUAAUGUUCACAUGCGGAAACAUACAGGGGAGAAGUUUAGCUGUGAUUAUUGUACGUUCACUUGUCUCAGCAAAGGCCAUCUCAAAGUCCAUAUUGAAAGAGUUCAUAAGAAAAUUAAGCAGCAUUGUCGCUUCUGCAAAAAGAAAUACUCAGAUGUUAAAAAUUUGAUCAAGCAUAUCAAGGAAACACAUGACCUUCAAGAUAAAAAGGUGAAGGAUGUUUUUGAUGAGCUUCGCUUGAUGACACGAGAGGGCAAAAGACAACUUCUUUAUGACUGCCAUAUUUGUGAACGGAAAUUCAAAAAUGAACUUGAUCGAGACCGUCACAUGCUUGUUCAUGGUGAUGAAAGACCCUUUGCUUGUGAGCUCUGUGGUCAUGGAGCCACUAAAUACCAGGCCCUUGAGCUUCAUGUUCGAAAACACCCAUUUGUAUAUGUGUGUUCUGUUUGCCUGAAGAAAUUUGUCAGUUCUGUAAGACUCCGUGCUCACAUCAAAGAUGUGCAUGCAGAUUUGCAGGAGACUUCUGUUUUUAACAAUUCUAUCAAUCAAAGUUUCUGCCUGCUGGAACCAGGAGGUGAUAUCCAGGCAGAAGCCCUUGGUGAACAGCUAGCACAAAGUGCAGAUGAAUUGACUAUGAUGAGUAUUGAUGAUAUUAACACACCACAACCAUCUGCUUGUAAAGGUGAAUCAACAGCUGCAAACGUAAACCAUAAUGGUCAACAUAAUGGUGACUUAAAAAUUGAUACAGUCCCUUCCUUAGAAUUUGAAAAUCCUCUGGUGGAGAAUGUAGCAGAGACGCUGUGUCAGGCAACAGACAUAGCAGUCCCAAAUAUUCAAUCCUGUGUAGCAUCAGAUUGCUUUCUGCUCAAAAAUGGUACUUCUGGUCCUGAUGAAUUAAAAGUUUCUCCUGCAAAUAAAGAGGAAGUUAAUCACUGCAGUUCUGUAAAUGAGCAGGGUGAAGAAAUUCAGCUUUUGCUGUCUGAAGACAAAAGUUUAAAUCUGAGUCAGAACAAUGCAAUGACUGAGAACCUUUCGGUCUCUGAAGAGAGAAAUCAAGCUGUUCCUUCUAGUGAAUCAGAAACAAGCAAUCCGCCAAUUAAAAAUUCAGCACAAACCACAAACCCUUCGCCAGCACCAGAAGCUACAGCAGCCAUCAGUCCACAGGCAGCCUCUUCUAAUGCAGUUACAUCAGACAGUGGGAGUGGAGCUGUUGCCUUUAUGCAGAUCUUGGAUAGCUUGCAGAAGAGACAAAUGAACACAGAGUUGUGUGAGAGGAUAAGGAAGGUUUAUGGAGAUUUAGAAUGUGAAUAUUGUGGCAAGUUGUUUUGGUACCAAGUGCAUUAUGACAUGCAUGUUCGUACACAUACUCGAGAACAUUUAUAUUACUGCUCCCAGUGCAAUUAUUCUUCCAUCACCAAAAACUGCCUUAAGCGUCACGUCAUUCAGAAACACAGUAAUAUUUUGCUGAAAUGUCCCACAGAACAUUGCGACUACUCUACUCCAGAUAAAUACAAGCUCCAGGCACAUCUUAAAGUUCACACAGAACUGGAUAAAAAGAGUUAUUCCUGUCCUGUGUGUGAGAAGUCAUUUUCUGAAGAUCGACUUAUAAAAUCUCACAUCAAGACAAAUCACCCUGAGGUUUCAAUGACUACUAUUUCUGAGAUUCUUGGCAGAAGAGUUCAGCUGAAAGGACUUAUUGGAAAACGAGCUGUGAAAUGUCCCUACUGUGAUUUUUAUUUUAUGAAGAAUGGAUCAGACCUUCAACGUCAUAUUUGGGCUCAUGAAGGUGUCAAACCCUUUAAAUGUUCCCUCUGUGAGUAUGCCACUCGCAGCAAGAGUAACUUGAAAGCUCAUAUGAAUCGUCACAGCACUGAGAAAACGCACCUUUGUGAUAUGUGUGGGAAAAAAUUCAAAUCAAAAGGCACUUUGAAGAGCCAUAAACUCCUUCAUACUGCUGAUGGAAAGCAGUUUAAGUGUACAGUGUGUGACUAUACAGCUGCACAAAAACCACAGCUCCUACGUCAUAUGGAACAACAUGUCUCUUUCAAGCCUUUCCGUUGUGCACAUUGCCACUAUUCCUGCAACAUAUCUGGUUCCCUGAAGAGGCAUUACAACAGAAAGCAUCCUAAUGAAGAGUAUGUAAACGUAGGUUCUGGGGAGCCUGCAGCAGAAGCCCUUAUCCAACAAGGUGGCAUUAAGUGUCCUGUUUGCAGCUUUGUGUAUGGUACAAAAUGGGAAUUCAACAGACAUCUUAAAAACAAGCAUGGAAUGAAGCUAGUGGAACAUGAUGGGGAAACCAAGUGGGAGUUAACUGCUGAAGUUUCUGAAGAAGGAUCCACUCAGUAUCUCCAUAUCACAGAGGCUGGAGAAGAUGUUCAAGGCACUCAAGCUGCCGUAGCUGCAUUACAGAACCUUAGAUAUACUUCUGAGAAUGGUGAAAGACUUGAUCCAACAGCUGUAAACAUCCUGCAGCAAAUCAUUGAGUUGGGUUCAGAAACCCAUGAUGCCACUGCAGUUGCUUCUGUAGUUACCAUGGCACCUGGCACUGUGACAGUGGUAAAGCAGGUAAAAGAAGAGGAGCAAUCAGCCAAUCACACUUUGAUGAUUCAAGAGACACUGCAGCAGGCUUCAGUGGAGCUGUCUGAACAGCAUCACCUGGUAGUCUCAUCAGAUGAAGUGGAGGGAAUUGAGACAGUGACUGUCUAUACGCAGGGUGGUGAGGCUUCAGAAUUCAUAGUUUAUGUUCAGGAAGCUAUGCAGCCUGUAGAAGAACAAACUGUGGAACAAUCCGUGCAGGAGCUCUAGAGAACAGUGUUCAAAGGAGAUGGCUACUUGAUUUGCCAAAGCCAAAAGUUUGGGGUUUUUUUCCUAACCAAAAGCAAGCAAGCUGACACAUUUUCAGUUAAUUUGUGAAGCGAGACCUUGUUACUAGAUAGUGAUCUGACUGGUUGGAUUGUAUCAGUAACUUAGACAUACUGUGUACAAAAUCUUCUCAGACUUUUUUCUAAAAAAUGUUCAGACUUUGAGGAAAAAAUAUUCUUCCCUUCUUAAAAGAUCUCUCACUUGAUUCCUGUAAAUCCCCACAAAUAUUGUCUGUUCAAAACUGUGUUAUCCCACAAUAAUAAAACAUCUAUAAAGGUAGCUAGAAUGUCUAGAAAAGUCCAUACAUCCCAUUUCAUACAUACUUAAUAUGUGCUUGGAAUUGACUGGAAGCAGAGUUGUAUUUUCUUUAAAUUAGAAGGGCUUCUUAUUUCUGAGUACAUGCUUAGAAUGUGUUUGCCGACUUGUGGAUCUAACCCAAACAAAGGCUCAAGGCUUUAAUUAGAAACAUACCGCAGAUGGACUGUAGUUUGUACUUGUGAGAUGAUCCUUUGAGUUUGGAAGGUAUUUAAAGCCAUAUAAUAAUUCUGGGUACCAGAAUCCCACUGGAUAAAUAUGUGUCCAGUACCAUGUGAUGAAACCAAAUCUGUCAAAUCAAUGAAAUAUUCUUUUGUUUUUAAGGAAAAAAUUAUAUUCAAAUGAUUUGUAAAUGCUAUAAAAGAUGUAUGUUCAUAUGUUUUAAACAGACAUACUUGUAAAUAUGAUUGUGUGAAAGAACGUGUACAAAAAACUUAAGUAAAUAUUGACAAGAAUCUAGAUAUUCUUAAUUAUGCAUGUAUAUAGUUCCAGAUUUUUGUUCAUGAAUCUUGAAUUUUUUCUGAUUUACUAUUUUUAAAUUUGAGCUAUAAAAGUUAUUAAUAACAAAAUUGUCAUGUUUUCUUCUAAUGCUCUAAGUGUUGACUUCCUUUUACAGCUAAGUAAAAAAUGCUGUUUUGCAUUGACUCUGAUAAAUUAUUCCUCCAGUUAGUAGUGUCUAAUCAAGAAAGUAGCAUAAUGAAGUCUAGGUGGACCUUUUUAUGUGAUUGAACUUAUUUAUGGGCAUUCGGGGUAGAAAAGUGGAAAAAAGCUUUUGACUAAGUUGAUGUAGUGAGUUGGUUGUCUGCCUCUUCUAUAUCUGCUGGGUUCUAUUAAUGCUAUACAAAAUCAGACUGCAAACAUUUAGUGGUAGCUUCUCCUGUAACUGUGGUGAUAGGGAAUUUAAAUUUGUUAAUGAAAAAGAACUGAAAAUCAUUCAACUUUGGCGGUAGCUAUGUUUCCUCUGGUUUAAUCUUGAAAGUGCACAAGAAGCCCCUGGGGUGUUACAUUUGUAGGAUGGAGACCUUUUUGCCAUUUGGUGUAACUGGCUGGAGCUGGUCACAAAUGUCAGUGUUGAUUUCUCAUAUGUUCAGUAAACUUGACUAGAAUAAGCCAUGAAGUGUUUAAUAACAUUUGCAGUGUGAUAGAAACUGGUGCACCAAAUGCAUCAACUUGAUUAAUCUGUAUAACAAACUUUGUUUUUUGUAAUUACUGGUUAAAAUUCAGUGUUGAUUUGCAAGAAUAAUGCUUUGUAUUAUCUGAAAGAGAAGAAAGUGGUCUCAAAAAGUUUUCUCAGAAUGUAUUGAAAUAUUCAAGGCCCACUUGCUGUUAAAACCACAUUUGGAAGAGCAUCAUGAUCAUAUGUGGCAACAUCUAUGUUCUUAAUGUAAAACCGUUCUGAAUCAGUUCAACAAUGUAUUGUAUUAUUAUCUGACCGGGGGAGGGCCACGGAAAACUAUUUUGCUAUGCAUCACUCAAGAAUUAUUAAGUAAAUUAUUUCCAGAUAGACUCAGUACUUAUGUUUAUGAGAGGUGCGUCUGUAUUUGGAGGGAGGGUUUUGGUUUUGGUUUAUUUUAAUUCCAGUAUAUCAUGGCCAUGCAUAUGUACUGUAAUUUAAGGCUUGAUUUGUAAUGGAUGAGUUAUAUCACAUUUUCCUACACUAAAGCAUAAAUAUUUUUGUGAA